UAUUAGGAGGGGAGGGAGAGAGAUUGGUGUUUGGUGGAAUGGAAAAGUUGGGUAUUGUAGUUUUGGUUUGUACUCUGGUGUUGGCUCAUCAUCUUGUUAAUGGAGCUUUCACACAGAGAAGAUCUGAAGAUGGUUCAGAAGAAUGGGGAUAUGUUCAAGUUAGACCCAAAGCACACAUGUUCUGGUGGCUGUAUAGGAGUCCAUACAGAAUUGAAAAUCCCUCCAAGCCAUGGCCUAUUGUUCUCUGGUUGCAGGGUGGACCGGGUGCUUCUGGGGUUGGGAUUGGAAAUUUUGAAGAAAUUGGUCCAUUAGAUACUUAUUUGAAUCCAAGAAAUUCAACAUGGCUCCUCAAAGCUGAUCUCUUGUUUGUGGAUAAUCCAGUGGGUACAGGAUACAGUUUUGUGGAGGAUUUACAGUUGAUACCCAAAACUGAUGAAGAGGCAGCCAUUGAUUUAACCACAUUGUUGAAAGAGUUAUUUAAUAGAAACCAAACUCUUCAGAAGUCUCCUGUUUAUAUAAUAGCAGAAUCAUAUGGUGGUAGAUUUGGAGUAACUCUUGCAUUAUCUGCUCUCAAAGCCAUUGAAGCUGGCAAAUUAAAACUCAAAUUAGGAGGAGUUGGGCUGGGAAAUAGUUGGAUAUCCCCAGAAGAUUAUGUGUUUGCAUGGGGACCUCUUUUGAAGGAUGUUUCCAGGCUUGACAAUACUGGGUUUCAGAAAUCUAACAGCAUUGCAAAAAAGAUUAAAGAGCAAAUUGCAAAUGGUGAAUAUAGUGCUGCAACAGAUUCAUGGUCUGAGCUUGAGACUCUCAUUAGCUAUAGAAGCAAUAAAGUGGAUUUUUAUAAUUUCUUGUUGGAUUCCGGGAUGGAUCCCGUAGCCACAAUGAGGCAAUACUCGACGUAUCUGAGCUCGUUGAGAACUCCCGGAGGCGGUACCGGAGACCUUGAUACCUUGAUGAAUGGUCCGGUUAAGAAAAAGCUCAAGAUUAUACCAAAAGAUGUCACAUGGGGGGGGCAAUCGGAUGAUGUUUUUAGUGCAUUUCAAGGUGAUUUUAUGAGACCAAGGAUUAACGAGGUUGAUGAGCUUCUUGCUAAGGGAAUUAAUGUCACCAUAUAUAGUGGGCAACUUGAUAUUAUUUGUGCAACCAAGGGAACUGAAAGAUGGCUUGAGAAGCUCAAAUGGGAAGGAUUGCAGGAGUUUUUGACGAUGGACAGAACUCCCAUCUUAUGUGAAAAUGUGAGAGGAACAAGAGCUUUCACCGCUUCCUACAAGAAUCUACACUUGUAUUGGGUUCUUGGAUCUGGCCAUUUUGUACCAGUAGAUCAGCCCUGCGCUGCAUUAAAAAUGUUGGGUGAAAUUACAGAGUCACCAGCUGCUGAUUCUUAGGCAAAGAUGUGACAUUCUCCAGCUCACCCACCCACCAAACAAUAAACUAUUAUUAUUAAUAUGUUAUCUUCUUCAUUUAUAUUUUCUUUUCUUUUUUAAUUUAAAAGUCCCUCCUCCACAUCUUUAUAUUGCGUUGUGUUUUCAAUUCAUCCUUCAUAAAUGCUUACGCACAUGUAAGCAUUUGUAAAAUAAUACGCUGCACAUGUUUGUCUAUUUUCAUUUA